AUGAACUCACCGGAAACUAAACCCCUAAACGACGUCGUCGAAGAACAAACAGUCAACCAACUUCUUGAAUCCUUACUCCAUUCCAUAACACUAACUCAAUCUUUCAAAUCAAAAUGGACUCUCAUUUCAUCAAAUCUUUCCAUUCUCAAAUCCCUUCUCAUCAUUCUCCCUCCUUCCCCACUCUCGAACCCCCUCAUUCGUUCCCUCUGCGUCACUCUCUCCCACGCGCUCUCACUUUCCCUCGAAUGCCAUUCUCUUAACCCGCCCCUCGGUAAACUCCAAACCCAAAACCAACUUCACUCCAUUUCCGCAAGUCUCUCUAACCACCUUCACGACUUACAUAUUUUAGUUUCCGUUCCAACAGAAGAAGUUUCUGUUGGAACAAAAUCUAUUGCAACAGAUUCUGUUACGACGGUAACAGGCUUUGUUGCAAUAAAACAGUCUGUAAAGACUUUAAUUACACGGUUACAAAUCGGUUCUGUUUGUUCCAAAAUCUCCGCGUUAGACCAAAUGUUAAAAAUUCUUGACGCACAUGAUAAGAAUGUGAUCAUUGCGGUUUCGCAUGGCUUGGUUCCGGUUCUAGUGAAGCUACUAGAUUCCGGAAAUAAUUCUUCACAAGAACUUAUUAUGAAAUCGGUUGCCGCGAUUGCUAGGGUUUCAAGUAUUGAAUCCAACAAACAUGCCUUGAUAGAUGAAGGACUAAUGUUGCUACAUAAUCUUAUACGUGUGUUAGAAUCCGGUAAUGGGUUCGCAAAGGAAAAAUCGUGUGUUGUGCUUCAGGCGUUAACGUCUUCUAAAGAAAACGCUAUCGUGAUUGUUUCACGAGGCGGAGUUUCCUCGUUGUUAGGAAUAUGUUCCUCUAGCACACCAGCAGCACAAGCCUGUGCCGCCGGUGUGCUAAGAAAUUUAAGUAAAUUUUUAGAUACUAGAGAAAGUUUUCUUGAAGAAAACGCGGUUUCAGUACUUUUAACACUUGCUAGCUCUGGAACUGUAUUAGCUCAAGAACAUUCGAUAUCGUGUUUAAGUAAUAUGGCUCGAGAAGAUGAUGAUAUGAAGCUUUUAAUUGUUCAAAAAGGUGGAAUUGUUAGUUUAAAAAACUUUUGGGAUAAUUCUGCCCUUGCUUCUCGGAGUUUAGAAGUCGCGGUUGAGUUCUUAAGCAAUUUAGUAUCCGACCAACGCUUAGUAGAGUUUAUAAUCUCAAAUGGGUUCUUAAAUCGUCUUAAGAUCGCAUUAAGUUGCGGGGUGUUGGCUGUUAGGAUUCACGCAGCUGAAGCCGUUUAUAAAAUUGGAUACAAUGCUGAAACACACAAAGAAUUAGGUGAAUUAGGAUUUAUAUCGCGAUUAAUUAGUAUGUUGGAUGCGAAAUCAGUUGAAGAAAUCGAAACUUCAGCAAAGGCAUUAUCGACGAUUUUGGUUUGUACCGAAAAUAGAAAGAUUUACAAGAAGGAUCAAAGAGGGAUAGUGAGCGUAGUUCGUCUUUUGGACUCUUUGGUGACAAAUCUCGACAAGAAAUACCCUGUUUCGAUACUAAUGUCGUUAGUACAUUCAAAGAAAUGCCGAAAACAGAUGGUGAAUUCGGGUGCAUUGUUGCAUUUGCAAAAGCUUGUAGUAAUGGAUGUUGAAGGUGCCAAAAAAUUACAAGAAAUAAUUGGUGGUGGCAAGAUUUUGGGUGUUUUUAGAAGACCUUAAGAUUCUUGACAUUAUAAUUAUUUUCAUGUAAGUAGCCACAUACACUUGUUGAUUCUUCUUAUUUUCCUUUAAUUUUAUAUUUUUUUUUAAUUUUGUUAGUUUUUUUUAUUUUUGUAGUUGGAUGUUGUGCAAUUGUUCAUAAAUAUUAUUGGU